AGAGGGGCAGAGGAGGGCGGCCGCGUUCCGCUAAAAUACUGGGCCAGAUUUUAGAGAAGAAGAGAGGAUAAGAAGGUAAGCGAAGAAGAAAUGAGGGUUUCGACGGAUUCGAGUGGGUUCCGGCGGUGGCUGGAGGCAGGGAGCGAGGAUAUCCCCGCCGCCGACGUCCAGAUCAUCACCUCCGGCGGCCGGAGCAUUCCCGCCCACUCCGCCGUUCUGGCAUCGGUGUCGCCAGUGUUGGAGAGCAUGCUGGAUCGGCCACAGCGGCGAGGGAGUUCGUCUAAAUCGAUCCCCAUUCUUGGAGUUCCCUGCGAUGCCGUUCUCGCCUUCCUCCGAUUCCUCUACUCCGCCAGGUGCGAUUUGGGGGCGGAGUCGGGGGAGAUGGAGAAAUACGGGCUUCAUCUCCUGGUGCUGUCGCACGUGUUCCAGGUGGGGUGGCUGAAGCGCGCGUGCGAGGCGGGGCUAGCGCGGCGGCUCACGGCGGAGGGGGUGGUGGACGUGCUCCAGCUGGCCCGUGAAUGCGACGCGCCCGGGCUCUAUCUGCGCUGCAUGAAGCUUCUGGCCAAGGACUUCGCCGCCGUGGAGCAGACCGAGGCCUGGCGAUUCCUCCAGGCCCACGACCCCUGGCUCGAGCUCGAAAUCCUCCAAUUCCUCCAAGACGCCGACCUGAGGCAGAGACGGCGGCGAAGGAAGAGGGAGGAGCAGGGGGUAUACAUGGAGCUGAGCGAGGCGCUGGAGUGCCUGCAGCACAUCUUCACGGAGGGCUGCACCGAUGUGGGGCCCUUCGACCAGGCGCCCCGCCGGUCCCCCUGUGCCCGCUUCGCCACCUGCCGCGGCCUCCAGCAUCUCAUUCGCCACUUCGCCGCCUGCGACCUCCGCCGGCACCGGCGCAGCUGCCCCCGCUGCAAGCGCAUGUGGCAGGUCCUCCGCCUCCACUCCUCCAUCUGCGACCAGCCUGACCCUUGCAAAGUCCCCCUCUGCACGCAAUUCAAGCUUAAGUCCCAGCAGAUGGAAGGGAAAGAAGAGGAUGUGAAGUGGAGGGUUCUGGCCAAGAAGGUGGCCGCGGCCAGAGUUAUGUCCUCCUUGGCCAAGAGGAAAAGGGAGGAACAGCUUCAUGAAUCUUUUGGAUGGUCACUGUAGAGAGUGUAACUAAUCUCUACCGUAUGUCCUUUUUCUUUUCUUCUUAUAAUUUUAUCUCCUAUGUUUUUUUUUCCGUUAGGAAAGAAUGAAAAGGUAUGUUCUGUUUA